GGCGCCAUUUUGAAAGUGACACCAGGAAGGUAUCUGACAUAUUUCUAUGGGUCAGGAUCAUAAGACCUUUUCUAUAGUCCGGGAAGCAGUGCAAUGGUAUCUCCCAAGUCAGCAGCAUCAGUGUUGGAGGGACUUGCCACCCUGUGUAAGACCCAUGGGUAUGUGUAUGCUGUAGGGACAGCAGGACAGACUGUGUACAACUAUGGAGCACUGGGAGCAGAGUUGAGACGAAAUCUGCAGGCAGAAUGGUGGCAAAGUACAGUAACAACACAGGACAAUGUGUUUGGGAUAGAGAAUGCCAUUCAGCAAAGUUUGCCUGCACCAGACGUACACAGGACACCUGGUGAGGCAGUGGGAGAAACCAUGCAGACAGGACACCAGUCUUUACCUCAGCAUCUCCAACAUGGUGUCCUGUCCCACUACCACUCCAGUCUACAGCUGCUGAAUAACAAGCUUCCCUUUGGUCUGGCAGAGGUGGGCAGGUGUUUUCCCAGGAGGACAGCUGAGGAGGAGAGGUUUUUAUACAGUACAAGAGAGAUGACAGCCAUGUCCAUGCUGUAUUUUGUCCCACCUAAGAAGUCUGGUGCCUGGUUUGAUUUGUUUCAAAGACAAAGAAUGCAGUGGUGGAGAAAGUUUGCCAGCAGCCCCUCAUCCUUCACAGUAGUAGACACAUCUGAUGCAGAAGACAUGACGUAUCCUACAGUAAACAUUCAGUUUGCCUUCCCAUGGGGGGUGGACACAGUGGAAAGAAUAACCUUAAGGGAUGACAGUGACUUGUUAGAUCUAGAGAAGAAGACAGGACUGUCUUGUCAGGGGAAAGACGGCAGAAAGCUUGUGGUGCCACAUGUGCUGGAGAUGGAGACUUACCUGGAGUGGGCGAGUCUGGUGUACCUACUGGACGGGCUGACACAGGUCACACGCACAGACGUGGAACAGAAGAUUUUAAGACUCCACUGCAGACUGGCACCGUACAAGGUUGCAGUCCUGCCUGGUCGAGGUACAGCAUCACAACUCAGGGAGAUUACUGACUACAUUGCCAGAGACCUGCGGACUGCUGGUAUACCAUGCUGGUACAGUGCUGACCCCCAACACAGCAAUGAACAGCAGUAUACAUGGUAUGAUGAGAUGGGUGUUCCUUUCUCUGUGGCUGUGAAUGAAAACACCAUUAAAACUGGCAUCACCCUAGUGAGGAACAGAGACACAACUAUAAAGGAGCAAGUCCACAUCAGCCAACUGCAACACAUGUUGUUAAGAUACAUGCAGGCCGACUAGACAGAUGGAACUGCCUUAUAAUGACUUCUCUGAAGCAUUUCAAAAGGGAAGGACUUUGUUUGGUGGUACAUUGGAGUGGAUAACUUGUCCUUCUGCAAUUGUGCAGACUGAAAACUUUUUAGUGUAAGGCUAAGUGCUUGGAGCUAGUCAUGCAGAUACAUGUAUAUACUAAGCAUAUGAUCAUUGUAAGUACAUUUAUACUCUCCAGAGUGGCUGUCAACAUUGUACAGUAUAUCACUUUGAACCUCGUCCCACACAAACCUGAAUCAUGGCAAUAAUAUCAAUUUUUUUUCAUUCAAAGAUUGAUUGUGCUGACUUAUGAAUCAUGUACUUUCAAUAUACUACUGUACCUCGGUAUUAACCUAGUGUGAUACCUGAGAAAAAAGUACAUGUAUUUCAAACCCUGUACAUCGAUGUCAGGUCUCAUAGCAGAAACCAGCAAACAUAAACCUGGGAAGUUCCGAAAAUAGCUUCAUCAGGUUGGUAAAGCUUAAGAGAUAGGGGAAUUCUUUUUACACAACCAA